GACGUUGUUCAGCAUUUUACAACUAUUCUUCCAAAUGGAAUACUGGAGGCCAAUGGAGAGCCUGUAAAAAGGAGUAUCUGGUUUUUGUUAAUUGAGCAACAAAUCUAGAAAUUGAUCUGACAUGGAGUUGACUGUGUCCAGCUGUGUCUCAAUGUUGGUCUACAUCUUCACCUUCUUGCUCGGACUUCCCGGCAACCUCCUUGUUCUUUUCGUGUACAUCCGUAAGGCUCGAAAACACGGUGCCACUCCCAAUGUAGUCUACGCUCUUAACCUAUGUGUGGCAAAUCUCGCUCUGGUGUUGUGGAUGCCAGUCAAAGUGGCCGAGACGGUGCUUCAGAGUUGGGCGCUUCCAGCUGAGGUUUGUCCCGUUUACAGCUUCUUUCUGUUCUUCUCGGUCUACGGUAGCAGUCUGAUCCUCACAGCAGUCGUUGUGGGCCGUUACCUGAGUAUCGCCUUCCCCAUAACUUACAAGCUCUACCGCCGGGGCCGUACUUCUUGCCUGGUGAGCGCCAUCUUGUGGGCUUUAGUGCUCUUACACUUGGGUUUUGCUUAUCUUGCUGAAGGAGGGGGACAUUUUGUGUCUUUAUCAGAGCAUAAUGUCUCCGCAUGCUAUGAAAACUUCACCCAGGAGCAAUUGGAAGUGCUGGUGCCAUUACGCCUAGAGAUGGCGCUGCUGCUCUUUCUCCUGCCACUUGUUUUGUCAGCAUUCUGCACGCUGCGCUGCCUUGUGCUUGUCAGACACUCUUCUUUGCCCUCUGCUGGGAAAAGAAGGGUAUUAGCCAUUGCGCUCUCCACAUUAGUAGUGUUUGUGGUCUGUUAUGGACCCUACAAUGUUUCCCACGUGGUGGGCUUUGUCUUGAACACUAAUGUGGGGUGGAGAAGUGAAGCCAUGCUUUCGAGCUCCUGCAAUGUGUUUCUAGAGCCCGUGGUUAUGUUGAUGCUUUCGCCGUGGACGCCGAGGGAUUUGGUAGACAGACUUUGCCGUAAGCAAAGGGACGCAUCAUGCAAGUUGUGGCAUCAGCAUCACUGCAGUAGGGCUUCCAGGAACCCUCAAACAACAACUACACAGGCUGUGUCAAUAAUAAGCCAUGGAGAAUCUAAAGAUGACAAAGCAAGAGCAAACAAAGCAGACUCGUCAAUAAAAGUGACCUGAUUAGGGUACCGCCACACACUCAUGGAACAAAUGAGAACAUGGAAUUUUGUGAGUGUGCGUCACCCAAACAGACAUAUUUAGGGGAAGGAUAUGAGCUGUAAGAUCAUGUUUUAGUGGCCAUUAAAAAUAUUGAAUGAGAAAGUGCACAUUCUUUUAAAAAAUAAUGCCUUUUUUUUUUUUUUUGGCACCAGCCAUUUAUGCACUGCUUCCGCUAUUCACUAAUGGUUACCUCUGUAUUACAUAGUGAUUUUAACCAAAAAUAUAAACUAUAGUAAAUAAAUAUAGUUAGCAAUUAUUGUAAAAUAGUAAUAUCUAUUAGAUCCUUUAAACAUAUGAGAAGUGUAAAUACUAAUGAACCAUGUACUUUGUAACUAUUCUGUGAAACACUUAUUCUGUAAUUAUUGUUAUUUCUACUAUAAUUAUUACUGUGAAUGUGUAAUAUGUUUUAAAGUGGGCACUGUAAAUAUAAAUUGCCACAUUCUCUGGGA